AUCGACGUCUACGUAUCGCGAAUGGCUCUGCGAUUUCUCAAACGAUUACUGCUCCUUUAGUGGUGGUAGUCUGCUUGUUUAUGUCUGACUUUUAUACCAUUUAUGCCUCUGGCCCUUCCUCAUCGUGAUCACCUGAUUUAUUGCCCUUUUUCUGCAAAUAUAUAAUAAAUAAGACGAGGAAAAAUAUAUUUGUGAGAAGCAUAGGUGUCAAAAAUGCUUAUCAGAGAGACAGAACAUGCUCGCCAAAAUGGCGAGCCCAUAAAUGUCUUUGACCUACCCCAGCUGUACACCAAGCCAUCCAGCCUAGUCCUCCUCUCGGCCCUCGUUUCCCUCAAGCCAAAGCCAAUAUCAUGGGAAGAAAGCGAUGUCGAUCAUGACCAGCCAAGAGAGGACAAUAACGCCAUUGCAUCGUAUCUCACCAAGAUCGUAUCGAGUCCCCUCACGUGGCUGACCGAAGGCGAGCAAGUCGAGGUCUGGGAGCAAGCCAGCAUCAGACUGAGCGAGCGAUCCGGCCGCAAUGGAAUGCCCGCCCAAACCCGCACCUUCAACAUCCCCACCACCCCUCCCACCUCGCUGGCUAUCCAUGAGCCAACAAUGACAAACGACAACAUCGGGUUCAAAACCUGGGGCACAGCCCUCAUCCUCGCCCAGAAAGUGCUCCCGCACAUCCCCACGUACCUCCCUCAUCUCUUCCCCUCCAGCCUCGCUGCGCCCUCUGUCCUUGAGCUAGGUGCCGGGACGGGGUUGCUGGGGCUUGCGGCCGCGGCGCUGUGGGGGACGGAGGUGGUGAUGACGGAUUUACCGGCUAUUGUACCGAAUCUUGAGAGGAAUGUUGUGGCUAAUGAGGGAGCUAUUGGUGAGCACGGGGGUAGUGCUAAGACCGACAUACUGGACUGGUCGUGUAUGGGUCCAGGUCAGAGGUAUGAUCUGGUAAUUGCAGCGGAUCCGUUGUAUGAUCCUGAACACCCGAUGUGGCUUGCGGCGGCCAUUGAUGGGCGCUUGGGACAAGACGAGGGGGCGAGGGCGGUCAUAGGGUUUCCUUUAAGGGAUGAGACGACGAGGGGGUACGGGGAGGUGUUGAGGACGGAGUUGGGGGGGAGGGGGUUUGAGAUUGUAAAGGAGGGAGAGGAGAUGGGAUUUGAUGACUGGGAGGUUAAUGGGGAGAGGGUUAGGGUGCAUUGUUGGUGGGGGAUUUGGAAGAGGAAAGGAGCGGAAGCAUAG